AUGCCAUGGUUUCGUGCCAAAAGAGUUAAGAGAGGAUGGUUGGACAAAUAUCAAUAUGAUGAAGAAGACAAGUCAGAUGAAACGACUAUAGCUACAUCGAUUCAAUCGACCACAACUAAGUCAUUGCUCACAACCUUUGUCACUGACAGUUUUAGAUACGAUACUAAUGGAUCUGAUUCGAGUCUUUUGGAAGGGCCCAAUGGAGAUACGGCGCAAACGUCUUCGAGCUCAAAGUUUUUUGUCAUCGUGGGCGCUAUAGGUGCCAUUCUCCUUGCAAUACUCAUUGCACUUACCAUAGUAGUAUUUCUAAUCCUGAAGAAGAAGAGAAUGCAUAAACGGCUUAGCGCGCAAUUGGAUGAACAGGAACGUUUGAGGCAGGAAAGGGCAAGAAACCAAAAGAAAAGAAGAAGAAGAAGAAGGACAAAAAAGAAAGAUGUAGAGAUGGACGAGCAGAAGAAGGAGAAUGCUGAGGAGGGAAAAGACGAUAAAACUGCAUUAGAUAAGAGCGUUGCUCAACAAACCGGACAAGAAAGCAAAAGAGCCAAACCCGCAGACAUCGACCGAAUGAUGGAAUUAUUGGGAAAUAGAAAAGUGGAAAAACUGAUGCGAGAUCCAAGUGGGGAUGCAAAUGCCGCCGAUGUGAACAGAAUGGUGAAGGAGAUGAUGGAGAGGAGAAUGCAAAGGGCUAGG